UUGGUUGCACCUGCAUUGGCGACGGUCUGUGGCAUUGCUACCGGUACAUACUCUCUAAAUGCUUGCCGACCAAAGUCAGGACAUAUUUUACUGACACCCCUCACAGCAGUGGCAGCAUUCCAACCGGAACUGCAGAAACAAGCAGCAGAAAGAGAAGGAAAGAAUGUUGAAGAGUCUCAGCAACAGCAUAACGCACACGACCGCGAAAUCCCAGACAUCAACAAUGACAAAUCCAUCGGCGCAGAAGUGAAACAACAUCUCCAAGAAGCAAAGCAAGAAGCAGUCCAGACGAUACAACACGCACAGCAAACAGCAAAGACAGAGGUGGCUCCCAAGAAGGCUUGGUGGGGGCUGGGUAUAUUCGGAGCCAGUCAAGGCGGAGAAGAGAGUCCAAGAGAAAACAAG